AUGACCGGAAAACCAGUUUACAAACCCGACGAGAUACGUUUUGCUUUAAGCCUUAUGGAGAAAGAUCUCUACAACGAUGCGAUAUCUAACGCUUUUCGGGAACGAUUCAACCGAGAACUGACGGAUAACCAGAUUCGAUAUUUGAGGAACAAAUAUGGCAAGGACCCUGACUAUGGAGCUCCCCUUUGCAACAGGCCCAAGAAACGAAAGGAACGUCGAGCUGACUCUGGAGCUGGUUCUUCCGCUUCGCCGGGCUCAGAAGGUUCACCGACUGAAGCCAAGAGAGCUCGACAGGGGUCUUUCAAAGCUUCAGCAGGACCUUCUCAAACCCCCCAAUACCAGCUUGGAUCUCCUCCAACGCAAUCAAUAGCCAAAUUUGAAGACAUGAAGUCUCCCAGCCCGUCUUCAGUCCCCUUGUUCCACGCAGCCCCAAUGGCCCAGAUGGGAAACUUCCCUUCACCCCCUACAAACUCCUAUAGCCUCUUUUCAGGAGCACCAUCUCAAGGAGGCUUCGCGGCUAUGCCUUCAGCCAACUCCUGGCAGACACAACCUAGGACAAACUUCAACACUCGUUUUGGGCAAUACCAGAUCAAGUCGCCAGAACAGGGAAACCCUGAGGCUUGCAACGCCGCAUUACACCAGAUACCUCAUCAGUCACCUAACGUCCAGCCUUCGUAUGCCUCUUAUCCGACGCAGCCGACAGCUAGCUCUCGCGCACCAGUUUCAUCUCCGCAGCAGACCGUAGCCAUGGAUAUGCCCCUCUCCAACUUUUCUCAACUUUCCAACUUCGCGUAUCCUCAACAGAUACCACCCAUUGAAGAGCAUAAGCAACAGCAGGAUCGAGAGUCUGAGUUGGCCGGACGAGACGACGUCGCCCCGGUGUAUUGUGAUGAGUACUUCGAGCCAGCUCACCAAGCAGCUGAACAAAGUGAACCGCAACCAACUCAAGGUCAGGAUGAGGACGCUUCAGAGCAGCGAGUCCCACAAGAUUGCAAGCAAUCUGCUUCUUUGGGCACUUCUGGUGAUAGCAAUGAACACCAACCCGCCAACCAAGGUUUCUCGCAUGACUCUGAGAGCUAG